AUGUCUGCAGCCGAUACCUCCAGUGCCGCCCCGGCCGCCGCUCAAAACGGUGCCUCCGAUGCUCCUACCCAGAACGGCGCACCUGCCAUCAACACCAAUGUUGCGCAGCCUGAAGGUGCCAACGACGAGCAGACUCCCUACUCGGCUACCACCCCGAACACCGCGCAGCACUCUGCCUCCCUCUAUGUCGGUGAGCUGGAUCCCUCCGUCACUGAGGCCAUGCUCUUCGAGUUGUUCUCCUCCAUCGGUCAAGUCGCCUCUAUCCGUGUCUGCCGCGAUGCCGUCACCCGUCGUUCCUUGGGCUAUGCUUAUGUCAACUACAACAACACCGCUGAUGGAGAACGAGCCUUGGAAGAUCUGAAUUAUACCAGCAUCAAAGGCCGUCCAUGCCGCAUCAUGUGGUCGCAACGUGAUCCCGCGCUCCGCCGCACCGGUCAAGGCAAUGUCUUCAUCAAGAACUUGGACUCAGCCAUUGACAACAAGGCGCUUCACGAUACCUUCACUCAAUUCGGCAACAUUCUCAGCUGCAAGGUUGCUCAAGAUGAAAUGGGCAACUCCAAGGGUUACGGCUUCGUCCACUAUGAGACUGCCGAAGCCGCCAACUCAGCCAUCAAGUCUGUCAACGGAAUGUUGCUGAACGAUAAGAAGGUCUUUGUCGGCCACCACAUCGCCAAGAGAGAUCGUCAGAGCAAAUUCGAAGAGAUGAAGGCCAACUUCACAAACGUGUACAUCAAGAAUAUUGACGAGUCCGUUACUGAUGAAGAGUUCACUAAACUCUUCGAGCCAUAUGGCGAUGUUGUCUCCGCGACUAUCACUCGUGACGAGACUGGCAAGAGCCGUGGUUUUGGCUUCGUCAACUUCGUCUCUCACGAAGCCGCGGCCCAAGCCGUCGAUGAACUCAACGACAAAGACUUCCAUGGCAAGAACCUCUAUGUCGGUCGUGCUCAGAAGAAGCACGAACGUGAGGAGGAGCUUCGUAGGCAGUACGAGGCUGCCCGCAUGGAGAAGGCUUCCAAGUAUCAAGGUGUCAACUUGUACGUCAAGAACUUGUCCGACGACGUGGAUGAUGACAAACUCCGCGAUCUUUUCAGCAGUUUUGGCACCAUCACAUCUGCCAAGGUCAUGCGCGACACUUCUGACCGUAGCGCCUCUCCAGCUACCGACAAGGACAAGGAGAACAAGAAAGAAGAAGCUGGCGAGACUCAAGAGGAGGCUAAGCCAGAGUCCGAGGAAGAGGCCAAGGACGAAUCCAAGGAAGACUCCAAGGAUGACACCAAGGAGCAGAAGAAGUCUUCCUCCAAGACCUUUGGCAAGAGCAAAGGUUUCGGUUUCGUUUGCUUCAGCAACCCCGAUGAAGCCUCCAAGGCUGUCUCGGAAAUGAACCAGAAGAUGGUCAACCAAAAGCCGCUGUAUGUUGCUCUCGCUCAGCGCAAGGAUGUUCGCAAGAAUCAGCUUGAGGCUAGUAUCCAGGCACGUAACACCCUUCGCCAACAGCAGCAAGCGGCAGCAGCUGGUAUGCCCCAGGGUUACAUUCAACCUGCGGUCUUCUAUGGUCCCGGUCAAUCAUUCUUGCCCCCAGGUGCACAGCGUGGCAUGCCUUUUGCUGGUCAGCCAGGUAUGGUCAUUCCUGGCAUGCAAGGUGGUCGUGGUCAAUUCCCAGGUGGAUUCCCCCAACAAGGCCGUGGCAUGCCCCAAGGUCAACAAUUGCCACCAAACUUCGGUAUGCCUGGCCAGAUGCCAUUUAUGCAAAACCCUGCUCUAGUCAAUGGCAUCUACAACAACCCUCAAGCUCUGGCUCAGAUGCAAGCUCAAAUGGGUCGUGGGGCAGGUGGUCGCGGUCAGAUGCAAGGUAUGCAGGGUAUGCCUCCCAAUAUGCAGGCCAUGGGCGGAGUUCGUGGUGGACCCAACUUCCCACAAGGCGGCGGCCGAGGUGGUAUGCAGAACAUGCCAGGUGGUCAAGGUGCCGGCCGCAUGCCUCCUCAAGGUCGUGGACAGAUGAUGCCUAAUCGUGAGGAGGUCGCUGCUCCUAGCACUCUCUCCAACCUUGCAUCUCUCCCUCCUAGCCAACAGAAACAGAUGCUCGGCGAGGCCAUCUAUCCCAAGAUCCAGCAAAUGCAACCAGAACUUGCAGGCAAGAUUACUGGUAUGCUGCUCGAGAUGGACAACUCGGAACUGCUUUCUUUGGUUGAUGAUGACGCUGCUCUCCGCUCCAAGGUUGAUGAAGCUCUCAGUGUCUACGACGAUUACAUGAAGAGCCGUGGCGGCGAGGCUGGUCCCAACGGCACUAAGGAGGAGGACGCUUCCAAAGCAGAGGGCCCUGAAGCCACUGCUUAA